UAAUCACUGAGCAUUUCCGUGGUUGUGUCUUUAAGGGGAGACUUGAUCAGCACUUUGAUAAAAAUAUUAAAGAUCAUUAUAAGAAGGUAUUUGAAAAUCGAACUAAUUUGUGUGAGUUUCUGAAGGCAUCAUGUGGAUUAUACACCCUUUGUUUCUUAUUACUCUUUAUAUGUUUCUCUUCAGUGUGCUGGCAGAUAACAACAAUAAAAAUGCAGGAAGCACACCUUGUGAAUAUCUUCAACCGCUGAUGUACGGCAUCAUUUGUUUCCUCGCUGUCAUAAUCCUCAUUCUCCUGAUACUUCUGUUUAAAAUGUUCAUCGCGAUGCAACGUGCCAUUAAAAGAGUCACUAUCCACACAACCAGCGAUACGAGAGAAUCAACUGCUUUGUGUCAGAACAAUGAAUUAUGUGUCUCCCCUACUUCAGGCGAUGGUGCAGCUAAUUCAUCUUCCUCUACUAGUUCUGGGACUCCUGACGGCUCGCUGUCAGAUCUUUCCACGACCUCUCAACGGUACACAAGUCUUGAAGACCGUCGAAAGACUUCUGACUAUAUAAAUGUUUCAGAAACUACUGCCCUUGGACUAAAAAUGGUUAAAGACUAUGCGAAUGUGAAAGAGGCCCAACAGAAAAGGGUGAAAAGAGAAGGUCAGAUUAACGGUGAUGACGGUACGACAAGUUUGAGCAGCGAUGAUUCUGGUCUAAAUUACUCCAAGGUUGUCUUUACUAAGACAGAGAAGUAAAAGCUGUAAUUAGUAAAAAUCAUAAAAAUAGUCUUAAAAGGAUCAGUCUCUCAGAAAUGAAAAUUAUGUCAUCAUUUACUCAACCUCACGUUGUUUCCUCCUCCUGGGGAACAAAAAAUAUAUAUAUUUGGAAGAAUGCUUUCACCCAUGCAAUUAAAAAGUCACUGGGAUUUAAAAUAACAUUUCAUUUACAUAGACAAAGAUACAUAAAAAUCUUAUUUUAAGUAAGUCUUGCGAUUUUGGAACAACAUGGGGGUCAGUGAAUAAUCAGGUGAAUUUUCCAUUUAAUUUUCUUUUAGAUUCAAUUAAAAAUAUUGAUUUAGUUUAUUUUAUAUGAAAACGUAAAAUAAAUUAAAAAAGGUUGCCAUGAACAGAAGAAAUGGGAUGCAUUUUUAUUUUUCCAAUGCAUUUUUGGGUGUGCAUUUUAGUGCGUUUUUCAGAUCAUAAACCACCACAUCCUGACAGGAAGGAACCAGACAUGCAUCUGUGAAAGUCUUACAGUAAUAAAUAACUACUCUAAAUGUGCAGUCAUCAAAUGCUGUACUGUGAUAACAAACAUGCCCCUUUUCAACAUCGACACUUUAUGCUUUUCCACCACCAAGCAUCAUUUUUUCUUUUAGGGCCCGAGGGAAACCAUAAAAAAAAAAACCUCACAUGAUGUAAUGCAAAAUCUCUUAGGAACAUUGUUAUAAAAUGAUCAUUUUGAAAUAUAUCUUAUCCCAGAUGUAUCCCAGUACCAUCACGUUUAAUAUUUGAUAUUUACAGGUUUAAUAUUUUAGAUUUAUGUCACAUCAAAAUGGCGAUAUUAUGGUGAAUCCCAUCAACUUGCAUUGCCAGUGUCCCACCACUUGGUGGUAUCAACAGCUCUGCAUGUGUUACUGGUGAUGGAGUAAACAUUAUGAAGUCUUUUAGGAUGUGAACUUUGUGUUAAAAUGUGGUGUCAUUUGUUGCUCACUGAAACAAAUUCAGUGUUAACUGUUGGUGGUUGAGAAGAUUCCCCCCUUCUAUGCAAAGCACUUUGAGCACCCAGAAAAGUGCUACAUAAAUGUAAGGAAAUAUAAUAUCAUUUUAAGCCAAAUUCUAACCACAGAUUGCAAUAUCUGAUCACCACAGACUCUGAAAAUAACCUAAAGGGACUAUAAAAGUCACCGUCUUUAUUCCGAUAAGACACAGAUGUUUAAAUAAUUCGAGGAGACAUCCAAGUUCCAAGAAACGCUUCUAUUUUGAGUUAGCAUUUGAAUUGAAUUCAUUACAAAUUAAGUUGUGUUUUGCGGCGCUCCUUUCAGGUACUGCGCAGAGACUGCUUUAAAUUCAUCUUCCAGAAUGGAAUAAUUGCAGUUCAGUUAACUUAAAGUGCAUGUUUUUGCAAAUCUUGUGUCAUAGAAGCUUUGCAACAAACACGCCGCCUGCAUGUGGUUCUGUUUGAGAUUGAAUUACAGUUCAUUCCAUAACAGAUGCUGAAGUUGAAGAGUCUUCCAUCUUUAGUGGCAGGGCAAAAAAAAGAAAUGCUGUUGCAUUGCUCACAUCCGACUAAUAAUGGCCUUUGAUCUGUCUGUUUCAUUAAAUACUCGGCUGCGAGCACAUCACGUUGUUAGUCCAAGAUAGAUUGUUCUUAAUAAAUUCAGAAUGAAACCAACCCUUUUUCUUUAUAUAAAAAAGUGUCAUUGUCACAUAAUCAAACAUAUAAUUUCAAAAGUGUUUUUUUCGCAGGCAGUAAAAAGAAAUUGACUAUUGCACAAUGCAAGGCAAUGAUACAGGGAGGAUUCCAGUCAUUUUUUGGCACAUCCACAGGGGUUUGGCCUGUGAAAUUUGGUGGUUUGGUUAAACAACAGCACUCUGUUUUCAGGAAUCCCGACUUAAAAUCUAUUCUCCUAAACCGUAUCAUAAAAAUGCUAAUUCAAGAUUCUGACAUUUAAACCCAAGCUUUGCACAAAGUUUACUUAGUGGUAAUCUAUCCAUUGCUAAUAAGCCAGUGUAAUCGAAUUAGGUUGUAAAACUGAAAUAACUAAUGACAGAAAGGGGAAAACAAAGAACAGUGGUUGUAAGCUGUCAUUAAAAUGUCUUAAUAGCUCUGUUUGAUGUUGAAGUCUUUAGUAUGUAAACAGUAUUACAAUCACUUCAUGAUCAAAAAAAAAAAAAACAUGGAAUGUGUUUAAUUUCUUGUGUGCAAUGAACAUUUAACCACUGAAACCAUACACCAAUAAACUGCUCUUGCCUUAAUACCAAA